UCCUUCCAGACAGACAGUUUGAACUGGAUGGUAAGACAGAGCUUUUCACCUGUGCACACCUGUGUGUGGGAGGUGGGCACAUUGUGCGGGGUCUGAACUGACGAGCUAACGAGCUGCUCCAUCCUCAAGCUCCUGGAGCUCCGAUACCACGACGAUGAACACCUCAAACAGGACCUCCAAAGUUCUGAUCCAAUCAGGAUCCCCGACUCGCUACCAGCUGACACCAAAGAAAGAGAAUAUCAGGAAUGUUCCAGGAGGAAGUCUGAGGAGAAUGACUGUUGGUAAAAAGAAUCCAAACAAGACGAACAAAACCGUAUUACUUGUUGGUGAAACAGGAACAGGAAAAUCUACCCUGAUCAACGCUCUGGUCAACUACGCCAUGGGAGUGGACUGGGAGGACAACGUCUGGUUCCAGAUCGUAGAGGACGAGGAGAGGAGCCGGUCAGACAGUCCGAAAUCAGACGUGAUUGUGUACCAGAUCUUCGGCUUUGAAGGUAAAGCUCUGCCCUUCUCUCUGACCCUCAUCGACACUCCUGGAUACGGAGACACCAGAGGGACCGAACAGGACGUCGCCGUCGCUCAAAGAUUGUUGGACUUGUUCCUCUCGGAGGACGGGGUUCGUGAGAUCGAUGCGGUGGGUCUGGUGCUGAAAGCCACCGAGAAUCGACUGAGCGACCGGCUGAGGUACGUCUUUGACUCAGUGUCGUCCCUGUUUGGAAAAGACAUGGAGAAGAACGUCCUCGUCCUCGUCACGCACUCGGACGGACGAACGCCCAGAAAUGCUCUGGAAGCCCUCCAGGCUGCAAACAUUAAGUGUGCUAAAGAUGAGAAGAACCAGCCCGUUUAUUUCUUGUGUAAUAACUGUCAGGACGCAGACAGACAGACAGAGGACAUCGAGUCCCUUCAACAGGCUGUUAAAGUAACGGCUAAAGGAAUGAGUCAGUUCACAGACUUCCUGCAACAAACUGAACCUCGACAGCUGGAGAUGACGGUGGACGUCCUGAAAGAGCGAAGCAGGCUGACACUCUGCAUCCAAAACCUGCAGGACAGAACCGAGACGACUGAACUAAAACAGAAAGAAAUCCAACAGACUCAGGAAGCUCUGAGGGAACAUGAACAAGAGAUGAAGAACAAUGAGAACUUUAGUGAGGAAGUUAAUGAGGACUACAGAGUUAAAGAGUCUGUUGAUGGCGGACGGACGUGGUGCGGCUUGUUUUAUAAAGAAGCUGUUUGCUGUCCUGUCUGUGAGGUGACCUGUCAACACCCUGGAUACUCAGCGGUCUGGAGUCCCAGACACCGUGAGGUGAUGAAAGAUGGCUGCUGCACCGUCUGUACUGGGAAGUGUCCUGAAUUACAUCACGUGAAAGACAACUGGAUCUAUGUGAACAAGACGAGGACAGUUCAAAAGACCAUUGACGACAUGAGGAAGAAGUAUGAAAAGAGUAAAGCAGACCGUGAAGAGACGAGAAGCCUUCUGGAGGAUCUAGAAACGAAUCUGGAAGAACUUCAGAGAGAAAGAGAUCAGUUGUUGGAAGAGUCCUUCCAGCAUGUUGUCACACUGGAGCAAAUUGCCCUGAACGUUAAUUCACUUUCCAGUUUUUCCCACUUGGACUUGCUGAUCGAGAAGAUGAAGGAGAAAGGAGAUGCAGAGAAGGUCCAGAAACUGGAAGCGAUGAAGAGUCGAGUGGAUGAAGGAGUCCUGGCGGCGCUCCAGUACAAACUGACAGCAGCUGCUAACGAAGCUAUGAAGAAUAAUAAGACCUCACCGAAAUUCAAGCACGUCGUCUCGAAAAGUGUUCUGAUCCAAUCAGGAUCCCCGACUCGCUACCAGCUGACACCAAAGAAAGAGAAUAUCAGGGAUGUUCCAGGAGGAAGUCUGAGGAGAAUGACUGUUGGUGAGAAGAAUCCAAACAAGACGAACAAAACCGUAUUACUUGUUGGUGAAACAGGAACAGGAAAAUCUACUCUGAUCAACGCUCUGAUCAACUACGCCAUGGGAGUGGACUGGGAGGACAACGUCUGGUUCCAGAUCGUAGAGGACGAGGAGAGGAGCCGGUCAGAGAGUCCGAAAUCAGACGUGAUCGUGUACCAGAUCUUCGGCUUUGAAGGUAAAGCUCUGCCCUUCUCUCUGACCCUCAUCGACACUCCUGGAUACGGAGACACCAGAGGGACCGAACAGGACGUCGCCGUCGCUCAAAGAUUGUUGGACUUGUUCCUCUCGGAGGACGGGGUUCGUGAGAUCGAUGCGGUGGGUCUGGUGCUGAAAGCCACCGAGAAUCGACUGAGCGACCGGCUGAGGUACGUCUUUGACUCGGUGUCGUCCCUGUUUGGAAAAGACAUGGAGAAGAACGUCGUCGUCCUCGUCACGCACUCGGACGGACGAACGCCCAAAAAUGCUCUGGAAGCCCUCCAGGCUGCAAACAUUAAGUGUGCUAAAGAUGAGAAGAACCAGCCCGUUUAUUUCUUGUGUAAUAACUGUCAGGACGCAGACAGACAGACAGAGGACAUCGAGUCCCUUCAACAGGCUGUUAAAGUAGCGGCUGAAGAAAUGAGUCGGUUCACGGACUUCCUGCAGAAAACUGAACCUCGACAGCUGGAGACAGUCAUUCGAAACGAGCGUCUCCGGCUGACGGACGGCCUCCUCGAGCUGCAGGACAGAGUUGUGAAGAUUGAACUUAAACAGAGGGAGAUUCUGCAGAAUCACCACAAUGAAAAAGUCCUGAUCAGCGGGGGCUUCGUUCUGAGGGCAGCAACCUGCUGCACCGCCUGUAAGGAGACCGGUCACGGUCCGUGCAAGGCGUCCUCGGGUCCAGGAAGCUGUCAGGUCAUGAAAGGUGGUCGCUGCACUGUAUGUACCAGAAAGUGUCCUGCAUCGGAUCACGUGAAAGAAGACAAGAAGCCCCUGAAGGAGACAAGGAAAAGCCAAAAGAGCCUCGGAAAUGGGACGGAGGCAGGAAGUGAGUUGAGCCUUGUGGACGAACUUCAGAAAGAAAAAGCUCAGCUGUUGGACGAGUCCUUCCAGCAUGUUGUCCGACUGGAUCAGAUCUCUCUGAAUAUUCAUCCAUCGUCCACGUAUGUCCACCUGGACUUCCUGAUUGAGAAGAUGAAGGAGAAAGGGGACGGAGAGAAGGUCCGGAAACUGGAAGCGAUGAAGAGCCGAGCGGAUGGCAGAACCAGAGCAGGACUGUGUGCCGUGUUGGAUAAACUUAAAGCUGCUGUCAGUCAGGUGAAGACGGGGUGAGGCAGCUGACGAACGUCAUGCUGCUGUUGUUUCUCCUCAUUUCAUCAAAGAAAUGUGAGGAUCUCGUCAGCAGCAGCCUCUCCUGCACGUAAUGACUGCUGCUGAUUCUGAUGUGUCUAGGUGGUGCUCAUGUUUUGAGAACACCCUAAUAAACUGUCUGAAAGUGGCGUUGUACCAAAUAAAGUUGUUAAUAAAGUUCAAAAAGCCACUGCACUAAUAAUCCCACAUAUUUCUAACUCGCUGCACUUUCUGCAUGUUUUUAAUGACUAGUUCGGAUGUUUCAGGUGACUCCAGCCAUGUGGAACCAUGUUGAUCCACAUAGGUCAUACUUCAUUUCUUAACCAGCCGUAUUAUUGGU